AGUUCCACGACCCCGACUCGGCCGUGGUGGCCCAGCACCUGACAAACACUGUGUUCGUUGACAGAGCCCUCAUAGUCGUUCCCUAUGCUGAAGGUUUGUAACUUGUUUGGUGUUCUAUGGGGCCACCCUUGGGUGGUGGUUGGUUCCUGUCCAGUGCUCAGAAUUUACCAGUAGUCUGUGUCAAACACGUCAGAGAUUGCCAUUCUAAACCCUUGGUAUAUUGCCUUGGCCCCUGCGUUUGGUCACUGUGUUUCCGUAGUGACACCAAAUCUAACUGGAAAGUUUUGUGUGUCUUGAAGGUUUUUUUUGUGUGUCUAAGAACAUUUUAGGCAGAAUUCUAUGCCAAUUUUGCUCCGUGUCAGUCUCAAUGAGACAUUUUCCCAAACAGUUUGUAAUGCAAACAGGUCCAUAUUUUAAGGAAAUUUUAUCUUAAUAAUUGUUUCACUCUCUUCAUGAGAAUGGUUUCUCCCUCCCUAAGAGUGCAUGGGAGAGUAAUUAACAUUCCUUUGGGCUAUGCUGCCACUGCAUUUAUUUGGGAACAUCCCCAAAAAAAGGCCCUCACUCUCCUUGUGGAGUCCAGUAUACCAAGGGUUUGAAUAAUUAUGGUUUAAUUCAAAAGUGACAACUUCCAAGAGGUGCCACAUGGGCACUGGUCCUAGUUUUUAAUUCCAAGUUCUCUUGUUCAUCCUUGAUAUAUUUAAUAGAAUUUCACUAAAUAAUAAACUCUUCUCUCUGUUAUUUGUGUGUGUGAUUUUUGUAGUGGAGAAGGCAAAUGCAAAGCCCUUCCAGAUGACUGAAAAACAGUGGGUCCUCUGCAGCUACAGGGGAUUCUAGCCAUUAACUAAAGGCCAGCAAGCACUCAAGUCCCCAAGUGUUUUCCUGGUGUAACCACUUGUUAACUACAUUUUCUCUUCUUCUUUUUAUUUUUACAUUUUAGGGUGUUACAGUAAUUUGAAAGGCAAUGAGCAGGGUUUUUGGAACUUACCUUAAAAGCAAAGUGCUGAGAAGACACCUCUUCUUACAGAAGUCUUAUUAAACUCUUCUAGACUUGCUUUAGAAGUAACUGAUUUCCAUUGUACUUGUGCAUUUCUUGAUUUACUUCUGGGAAAGGUUGAAUUGAAUAAAAUCUUGCAGAUUAAGUCACACUACACUGCUAAGUUGGGUACAUGGCCUGGGGUCACACUUGUAAUCUUAAUCUGUCCUGCUGGAGCUGUCUCUUGAGGCCUGGGGAGCUGUCUUAUCUUAUCUUUGUAUUCUUUAAGCUUAAAAGAUAGAAAACUUAAACUUUAAAAGAUGUCCAGCCUGAUUCCUGGAGAGUAGGAAUGUGCAGUGUGGCCUCUGACUGAGCCCUGCUGCUCCUGAGGGCGCAGAGCCCCUUGUGCAGUGGAGUCACUGCUCCUGCUGCCACUGCUGCAGAAGAGCAGAGCUGAGAGCUUCCUGUCCCUGUGUGGGUGUUAAACACAGCCCCAGGCCAGUGGGAUUCUGCUGGGAUAUUCUCCAAGGCCCAUGGGAAUAAUGCCAGUGUUUAACCAACUCUUCCUACAAGGAUAAACCCACCUUUCUCUUUGUCAGUCUCACUUUGUCCCUUCUGGAUAAACCUGGCACACAGAGAACCCUGCCCAGCAGCUGGGCUGCAGAAAAUGCAAUCAUUAAAGUAGAAUAUUUUCCUGGGCCUGUCAAGGAGUCACUCCUGGGCUGUACCUUGUGUGUCUGACAGUUCAGAAUUUAAUGGCACAUCACAAGAGAGAUGUUCAGCCAAUAAAGCAUUGCCCCUGGGUUGAUACUCCCAUACUUGUGCUGGAAUACAGUUUUCCCCCAAAAUUCAGCUGCCAGGGUCCCAGCUGAAGCAGGAGCAGCAUUUCCCCAGCCCACAGUGCCACUGCUGAUGUGCUUAAAGCCAGGCCUGUGCUGAGUGGGGCCCUCCUCUCUCUGAUGUCUGCUGUGCUAAUGAACCUGUGUGAUUAUUGCCUGUCACUAAAGCAAAUGUUUAUUAUCUGUUUAGUGCAAUAAUUCCCCCCCUGUCCCAAGUUUUAGCUCACACAGACACUUUGGUGUUGGCUGUUGCUUUGUGUUAUAGAACUAUACACAAAGGCUACGGUAAGGUUUAGUAUUUGUCAUUUUCUCUGGGCUAAUUCCUGGAUUUGGAAGGAACUCUUAAGGUUAAAGAUGGCUGGGGGGGGUGUUUAGGUUCUUUGGUUAAUGUUUGUUUCUUUUGUCUGUUUCUUUUUCUUUCAUUUCUACACAUUCAUGCAGUAUUUCAUGGUUCUAACAAAGCAGCAGUAAAAAAAGCUCUUGAAGCAUGAAAAUUAACUGUUCUUUUCCCUGGUUCAGCCUGAACUAUAUACCAGGCCCUGCUGAAAAUACCACCCAACAGUUUUCUUCUGCAGCUUAUCCAGUUUCUCUUAAGUGCCCUGUACAUAUUGUAUGUUUUAUGAUGAGAUGCAGUUUCUUAAUAUGUAUUACAGAAACACUACUGGUAUUUGCAACUAUAUAGUAAAAUUGUUUUAUUGAACUCUCAUUCUGGGGGCUUGGGCACAUUAACAAAUUAAUCCAUCUGUAUAGGGCUUUUGCUGUUGGAUAGAGUAAAACUCCCUCCACACGUGUUUGCUAUAGGGCCCUGAGCACUGUGUGUGCAGAGCAGGCAGUGCAGUAACCCCUGGGCUUGGCUGGCUGCAGGAGUCCCCUGUGCCACGGCAGGUGGCAGCAGCACUGCUGGUGCUCUAGGCUGGCACAUAUUGGAGCAAAAGCCUUUUACUGCACAGGUAAGGAAUGUGCCAGCAUCCCUGUGUGUGUCCCAGCCACAGACACGGCCCCAGCCCUCCCGGAGAGCCGCAGGGACCGCAUUCCAUGUGACACGUCAGCAAAAGCCCUACCCAAACACCCGUCCCUUCUCUUUAAGUUUGCCAAAAUUUGUAUGGUAGGUGUAAAAAGAAAACAUAGUGAACUGUACCAUAUUAUUAACCCCUAAAUCCAACUUUUUUUGUCUUGUGUAUCUUGAUUUUUCUGUGUGCUUUGUAGUGAAGCAGCCGACACGAGUCGUUGUUCAUAAAACAGCUUUUGAAAGUUGAGAGCACUCUCACCCCUGGAGAACCGACUGUGCUUGCUUACGUUUGGUUCAUGACUUAAAAAUCGAGUACAGGUGAUGAAACCUUGGCAGUGUUAACAACAAAGUAGUGUGUAUUGUGCUAUUUUUUUGCUCUAGAAACUUAACCUUUUGUAGAGAAAAAGGAACAGUCAAAUUGUCACCCAUUGAAGUUGCAUUCUGACAAAAAAAGUUAAUGCUAAAUAUUAAUAGCCAUCAAGCUUUGUAUUUUAGCCAACAUAAGUACUUUCAACAAACUCAGGUGGUGUAUCAGGGAGACUUUGCUGGGUGUAUUUGUGUAUUUGGUGCCUCUGGGCUGGGAUGCCCUCUAAUGCCAGGCUGUUUCCCUGCAGGAGUCAUUCCUGAUGAGACUAAGGCUUUGUCUCUCUUGGCACCAGCUAAUGCCGUGGCAGGGCUGCUGCCCGGGGGUGGCCUGCUGCCCACUCCCAACCCUCUCUCUCAGAUUGGUGCUGUCCCUUUAGCUGCUUUAGGAGCUCCUGCUCUCGACCCUGCCCUUGCUGCUCUUGGGCUUCCUGGAGCAAACCUGAACUCCCAGUCUCUUGCAGCAGAUCAGCUCCUGAAACUGAUGAGCACAGUGGAUCCAAAGUUGAACCACGUGGCUGCAGGUCUCGUGUCCCCCAGUCUGAAAUCAGAUACCUCCAGUAAAGAAAUAGAAGAGGCCAUGAAGAGAGUCCGAGAAGCACAGUCCCUAAUCUCUGCUGCUAUAGAGCCAGACAAAAAAGAUGAAAAGCGAAGACAUUCGAGGUCGAGGUCGCGCUCGAGGAGGAGGAGGACACCUUCCUCAUCCAGACACAGACGCUCCAGGAGCAGGUCAAGGAGAAGGUCCCAUUCCAAAUCCAGAAGCAGGAGGCGAUCCAAAAGUCCGAGGAGAAGGAGAUCUCAUUCCAGAGAGAGGAGCAGGAGGUCUCGGAGCACAUCCAAAACCAGGGAUAAAAAGAAGGAAGAGAAAGAAAAGAAACGUUCUAAAACUCCCCCCAAAAGCUACAGCACAACCAGAAGAUCCAGAAGCACAAGCAGAGAGCGGCGGCGCCGGCGGAGCCGGAGUGGGACACGGUCCCCGAAAAAGCCCAGGUCUCCCAAACGGAAAAUGUCCCGGUCGCCGUCGCCCAGAAGGCAUAAAAAGGAAAAGAAGAAGGACAAAGACAAGGAGAGGAGCAGAGACGAGAGGGAGCGGUCAACAAGCAAGAAAAAGAAGAGCAAAGACAAGGAGAAGGAUCGAGACCGGAAAUCCGAGAGCGACAAGGAUGUGAAACAGGUCACAAGGGACUACGACGAGGAGGAACAGGGCUACGACAGCGAGAAGGAGAAGAAGGAGGAGAAGAAGGUGGCGGACGCUCCCUCCCCCAAAGGGAAGGAGCCCGCGGCCGAGAAGGGCAGCGGGGAUCCGGGCAGGGAGUCCAAGGUGAACGGGGACGACCACCACGAGGAGGACAUGGACAUGAGCGACUGAGCCGCCCGCAGCCCCUCAGUGUGAUCCUUUAUGCUGUACUUGUUAAUCCUCAACCUAGAUGUAUCCAGCUCCGAGCUCUCCAUGGUCUGUCCAUCCCGAUACUAACUCACACCCAAAGCUUGAGACAGGGAUCCCCUGCUCCGGGGCCCAGCUGGGGCCGGGCCAGCCCGCACGUCCCUCCCACAGCACGGGCUGGGCCACCCCUCCUCCCUCCCUCCCUCCCUGCUUCCCUCCCUCCCUCCGGAGUGUCCCGGCUGAGCCGGCAGUGUGGCAGUGUCCCAGGGGUGUGGGGAGUGUGGCACAGCCCCCUGUCCUGUGGGAAUGCCCGGGGAGCGUGGCACAGCCCUCCUGUCCUGCAGCCACCGAGGGGUCGGCCUUGGAUCGCACCAGCUCUUUGUGCUCUUGGCUUUAGUUCUGGUUUUAAGCCACGUGCUGGGCUUGGUUGGGUUUGCUUUCCGGUGGGUUUUGGUUGGCUUUGCCCAGGGUUCUGUGCCCUGACCCUCCUGAGGGCUCUGUCUCCACUGUGUCCGUUCAGACCUCGGGAGGGGGAAUCCUGGCCGUGCCCAGUGAGGGAGGGUUGGGGAGCAGCCUCGCCCAGGGCUGGGGCUCAGGAGCUCACCCGCUGCAGCAGGGAGUGCAUUUUAAAAUGACCUUGGUCUGUUUUUAAAGCAAGUCCAUUGAUAAUGUACUUUUUACUUGAUCUCAAGUUGUACAAACGGAUAAAUUUGUGUUCCUGUCCCGGCCAUUCCCUCCCUCCCGCACUCGGUGAUCCCAUGGUAUUUGCAGAGUAGUUACCCAAAGCUGUUCCUUAGUUCCAGCAGCUCCAGAGCUUUUACUUUUGUGCAGGUAAAGAGACAAAAGUAGCCGACAGUCUGUGCCAUGUCGAUGUACAGUUUCGGAAAAUGUUUUACAAAACUUUGAUAAUAAAACCCUGAAACUUCA